AUGGCGCCGCUGUCUCGCUGUAGCUGUGGCUGUGCUUGCUGUUGCACCUCCUGCCGGCCCCUGCUGAGGCAUGUCCGCCUCAUCAGCAAGCUGGCCUCCGCCCCUCCUGCGCUGCGCCCCUGCCGGCCAUGCCGGAAUUCGUCAAGUUUAGCACCACCGCGCUCUCUGACCUCCCCUGUUACCAACGUCGUCGCCGUUCAUCUUCAACCGUGGGACCGUUACUUCGUCAUCCACCUCGGCUCUGGCCACCAUGGACGCCUCAUGCCCAAGAUCUUCCUCCUAUGUGGUGUAGAGUUGCACCACCACCACCUCGAGGCCCCUUGCAGUCUUCGUUUCGGAACGCCAAGAAGCCGAUGGCACUAG